UGUAUCAAGCUGUAUAUGUGUUAGUCAAAAGUGUUUUGGUAAGCUUGUGUUGGUACUUGUUGCUUACAAACGGACAUGAGAGCUUUGGUGCAUCAAGAACAAACCGCCUCUGUCGAAGUGAAUGUUAAAAAUUUUCUCAGAAUGUCGUCGUUACUUGACUCUGCUUGACUCGACAGAUUUUCUUUUGAAAAUUGAUAAAACAUUUUCAUAUAAUAUAACAAUAAACAUUUAAAAAAUAUGAUGAGUACUUUGUACACUAUAUAAGUUAAUAUUAUGGGUUUUCUCUUGUUACAAGUGGUGUAAAAGUAGUGUCUAAAGCAAGUGAUAGUGGCAAACAAUUAAAACAUAUAACAAGUACUUUAUAAACUAUGUAAGUUAAUCAACUGGAUUUUUUUUUUGUUACAAGUGGUGUAAAAGUAGUGUUUAAUUCAAAGCUAGUGAUAGUAGUGGUGAAAAGUGUUUUAAAAAAAAAAUGUUAUCAAAAGUGGUGAUGAUUGUUUUGUGAGUGUGUAGUGUUUGUGAUCACUGAACCUGUUGCUGAUCAUCGAGAAUCAUCAUGAACUACUACAUGGCCUUGGAGUAUUUUGAUGACCAGCGUUGGAAGAUGAACAUCCCCUAAAAAGAUACUAUGGAAACAGUGGAAUGGGGGGCGGCGGAGGGCUAAAUGCCAAAAAUCUCCGGCGACGUAAUAGCGUCACAGAAUUUUGUAAAAAUAAUGAUAAUUUAAUUUUUAAAACAAAUGUAAUUGACAAUGAUGUGUCAAAUGAGUAUAAUGAAAAUGACAGAUUGUGUAUUGAGGCGACAGUCGGUAUUAAUUCCGGCCAGCCUACCUGCAUUGUUGGAAUUGGUAUACGUGAAAAAUGUAAAUCAAUUGAGAGUGAGAGUGAAACAUGGAAUAAUAUAUUGGAAAAUAAAUUGGAAGAUCGAUGUAAACAAAGAAGAAGACGUGGUAGACGACGAAAGAGGAGAAUUCAAACACAUAAAUUUGAUGUUAAUACGAUGAGAAAUAAUAUUACAAAUGAUGAUCACUGGAUUGAUCAUAAUAAUAGUGAUAAUGUUUUAUUAAUUAAAAAAAAACAAACAACUAUUUGUCAAUAUUAUUAUAAAUGUAUGAAAAAAAUUACGGAAAUGGCUGUUGGUACACUUUUACUUAGUGCUGUUCUUUUAGUUACACCAGGCUUUUGUCAUCAGGAUGCAGUUCAUAUAACAGCAAUUCUAGGUGAAAGUGUUGUCUUCAAUUGUCACGUUGAGUUCCCUGGUGAGCAUCCAGUGCCAUAUGUUCUCCAAUGGGAGAAGAAGGUAGGCGACACGGAGAUACCAAUAUACAUAUGGUAUGAAUCGUAUCCAACGCACAGUGGUGAUGGUUACGAGGGACGUGUAUCCAGAGUUGGACCAAAUUCACCAUACGGUGUUGCCAGUCUUAAUCUUACAAAUAUUCGUGAAAGUGAUCAAGGAUGGUACGAGUGUAAAGUUGUAUUUCUCAAUAGAUCACCAAAUAGUCCAAAAAAUGGCACAUGGUUUCAUCUAGAUGUUCAUGCACCACCAAGAUUCAGCAUGACACCAGAAGAAAUGAUUUAUGUAAAUGUUGGUGAUGCAAUUAUUCUAAAUUGCCAGGCAGAAGGUACACCAACACCUGAAAUUGUCUGGUAUAAAGAUGCAAAUCCCGUGUCAACUUCACCGACUAUUGGAAUUUUUAAUGAGGGUACAGAAUUAAGAAUAGCUUCAAUUAAAAAUGAGGACAUUGGUGAUUAUACUUGUAUUGCUAGAAAUGGUGAAGGACAAAUAAGUCAUUCUGCUCGUGUUGUUAUUGCUGGUGGUGCAGUUAUAAUGGUACCACCAACAAAUCAAACAAAACUAGAAGGUGAAAGAGUACAAUUUCCAUGUGAAGCAAAAGCAUUACCAGGAAAUGUAACAGUACGUUGGUUUCGUGAAGGUGCACCAGUAACUGAAGUAUCUGAACUUGAUACUCGUGUUUCAAUUAAAAAAGAUGGUAGUCUAGUUAUAAAUCCAGUCAGUGCUGAUGACACUGGACAAUAUCUUUGUGAAGUUACUAAUGGAAUUGGCGAGCCACAAAGUGCCAGUGCCUAUCUCAACGUCGAAUAUCCAGCCAAAGUUACAUUUACACCAACUAUUCAAUAUUUGCCAUUUAGAUUGGCUGGUGUUGUACAGUGUUAUAUAAAAGCAAAUCCACCACUACAGUAUGUUACAUGGACAAAGGAUAAACGUCUUUUAGAACCAUAUCAAACUAAAGAUAUUGUUAUAAUGAAUAAUGGAUCAUUAUUAUUUACAAGAGUUAAUGAAAAUCAUCAGGGUAAAUAUACAUGUACACCAUAUAAUGCACAUGGUACACAUGGUGGUUCUGGUCCAAUGGAUGUACUUGUUAGAAAUCCACCAGUAUUUACACUUGAACCAGAACCAAUGUAUCAACGUAAAAUUGGUGAAACAGUUGAUAUGGUUUGUGAUGCACAAGAAGCUGAGGGUACUGAAAAACCAACAAUACAAUGGCAAAGAAGAAAUGGUGUACCACUUGAACGUAAUCGUGGUAAAAUUACUGGUGGUAAUUUAACAAUUGAUGGAUUACGACGUAAUGAUUUUGGUUAUUAUCAGUGUGUUGCAUGGAAUGAGGUUGCAACAAUUAUCUCAGCAACUCAAUUAAUUGUUGAGGGUUCUCAGCCACAUGCACCUCACAAUGUAACUGGUAUAUCAACACAAUUUUCUGUAACAUUACAAUGGUUACCUGGUUAUUCUGGUGGUCCAGAUUAUAAACAAGAUUAUACUGUUUGGUAUCGUGAAGCUGGUACAUCAGCAUGGACAACAAAUCCAGUAACACCAUCUGGUUCAACAUUUGUUACAAUUAAUAAUUUAUCACCUGGUACAUUAUAUGAAUUUCAAGUUGUUGGUAAAAAUGCAAUAAGUGAUGGUAUGCUUAGUAAAGUUACAACAAUUAGAACACUUGAUGUUGGUAUUAAUCCACCAUCAAUAACAACACCAAAAAGUAUUAGUGUUAAAGCUGCUGAAAAUACUGGACCAAAACCAGGGCCACCAAGAAAUUUAACUGUAACUGAAGUACCAAAUGGUUUUCUUAUAACUUGGCAGCAUCCAUUAGAAAAAAGUCAUUUAAUUGAAUAUUAUGAUAUUAAAUAUAAAACUGAUGGAGCAUGGAAAACACUUAACAAAGGACAUAUUCGAUCAGAAGAAACUAGUUAUCUAGUUAAAAAUUUAGUUGGUGGAAGAACAUAUUAUUUUCAAGUAUUUGCCCAUUCAUCAACAACUCCUGGUACCAGUGAAUUGGUGAAAUUUCCAGUACCAGCUCGUGUUAAACACAAAGCCAUCACUGCUGGGGUUGUAGGUGGCAUACUAUUUUUCAUUGUUGCAAUUAUUCUCAGUAUAUGUGCUGUUAAAAUAUGUAAUAAACGGAAGCGACGAAAACAGGAAAAAGAAUUAUUAUCAGCGUAUAACUUGGUAGCCUGCAGGGUCACAGACGCUCGUAAUGGCGCAGGACAAGGACCCCAAGGAACAGUGCCUUUGAAAAAAAAUAGACAACAAAGCCGAGUACCAGGUCUAAGUCUUCUGCGUGACAUACUUAAUCCAGACAGUCCAGAUUCAUGUCGUUGUCGUCCAUUAAGUAAAAUAUCACGUGCAGCUGAUGGACGUUUUGUUAUUGCUGAUUCAGUAUUAAGUUCAGCAAAUAAUAGUAUUCUUGAUGCAUCAAGUAGUGAUGAUGGUGGUUUUUUACCUAAAAAAAAUCGUUUAAAAUCAUCAUGGCGUCGUCCACUUGUUGGUACAAGUCAAUUAAGUUUACGUUCAGAUGGUAGUGGUGUAUCAAUUGUACCUGGUACAGCAUAUAUUAAUAAUUUAUUAAAUCCAUUAAUGUCAAGACAAGAACAAAAAAUAUGUACAAUAUCAUCACCAGGUUUUAUUGCAAGUUCACCAAGUGGACAAAUAAUAUGGACAACAAAUCCAUCAUUAUAUUUAAAUGAUUUAAGUUCAGUACGUCAACCAUCAUCUGUUGAACCAUCAUCAUUUCCAACAACAUCACCUGAUCAUCAUAUACAAUUACGUAAUAUACAUCAACGUUAUAGUCAAGAAUUACCAUCAUUAAAAGCAAUACAUGCUGAAUCACGUAGAUUUGUACCAGUACAACCAUUAGCAACAUCAUCACCACCACAACCAAUUGGUGGUAUACGUCCACGUGCACGUUUACCACCACGUCAUGCAAGACAUGCUAGAUCAGCACCUGAAUUAGCAAUAUCACCAGAUAUACUUAAUAUUAAUGAAACAUCACCUGAAAGUAGAUCAAGUUCAUCUGGUUUUGGUAGUAAAAAUACAUCACAACAAAAUCAAAGUUCAAGAAGUGGUAGUACUGUUGCUGAAUGGCGACCACCACCAUAUCGUCCACCACCACCACCAUUACUUGGUCGUUGGCUUGAAUUACAAGAUCAUCAACAAAUUAUUGAUAAUAAAAUAUCACAUAAAAAUAAUAAUAAUAGUAAUAGUAAUAAUAAUAAUUUAGCACAUAUUGCUAUUGAUGUUGGUAGUGUUGAUGGACAUUAUGAAUUUGAUCCAGUAUCAUGUACACCAACACCAACAUCAGCAUCAACACCAACACGCGAAGAAAGACCACCUGUACAUCAAAUUCAUACAAUUCAUCUUCCUCAUAUGCAUCAAGUACACACAACAAAUACAAAUAAUAUUAAUAAUAAUAAUUCUAAUAAUAAUAAUAAUGUUAAUCAUAUUAAUAGUAAUAGUCAUAGUAAUAAUAAUAAUCAACCAUCAAGAUAUUCAAGGGAUAAUAUUGAGGCACGUGUACAAGCUAUGAAAGCUGAAUUUCAUCAAUUUCGACAAAGACAAGCUAGACGAAAAAGAAGUCAACAACUUGAAAGUGCUUGCUGAUAUUCAGCUAAUAAUGGCCUCAGAGGACCAAAAAUAAAAUAUAAUAACAAAAAAUUACCAAGAAUUAUUGAAUGAAAUUGAAAAUUCAAAAAAAAUAAAAUAAAAUAAAAAUUUUACAGUCUUACACUCGAUAUAUCAACUAGGUAUAUUGAUGAAUCUUUUAAAUGCAAUUUUUUCAUAAAUUGAAUUUUCACUACAGACUCUUUUUUCUAUAGAUUGUAUAACAAAAAAGAAAAAAAAAAAAAAAAAAGAACAAUUGAUUAAUACACACUGACACACAUGCAUGAUUACACAAAAAACUAUAAUGAUUAAUUGAUAAAUAUAUUAUAGAAAAACAGAUUGAAUAAAUUAAUUAAAAAUAUGCACAAUUAAUGGGCAAAUCACAUUAACACGAAAUUUAAAAGAAAAUUAUAAAUAAUUGUGAAUAACAAUUUUUUUUCAUUGAUGAUUUAAGGAUAGAUAAUAGUAUCAAGUCAUUUUCGAGUCAAAUCAUGCACUUUUUAGACGAUCAUAAAUAAUUAAUAAAUAUAUAGUUAAUAAAUUGAAGAAAAUUUUUAAAAUGAAUAUAAAAUUACAUAUAUUAAAAAGAAAAAAAAUUAAAAUAAUAAUACAUUUUUAACUGUGACUUAAAAAGGACCCUGAUUAAAGCAAAAAAAAAAACAACAAUAAAUAAAUAAAUAAACUGACAUCGAAUUUUUGAGUAUUAAAAAAAAAAAAAACAAAAAAAUUGACAUCAAUUUGUUCAGUUAAUUUAAAUAAAUAAAAUAUUCAAGAUCAUGUUGAGUGUCAUUUUAAAAAUGAUAAUAUCGAUUUGAAAAAAAAAAUAAAUUAUUUAAAUACUUGACAUUAUAUUGUUAAACAAAUAAAUAAAUAUAAAAAAAAAAAAAAAUUGUAAAGUGUUUUCGAAGGCUCAACGAAAACAUUUCAAUGUUUACCGAAAAAAAAAACAUAUAAAAAUAAAAUCGAGUACGUAAUGGCACGAUUAACACGCCAAAGAAAAAAAAUCCGUAUUAUGUUAAUAACAAGACAAAAAAAAAAAUUAUAAACAAUUUAUUAAAAAAAAAAAACAAAGGCG